UAGGAAUCACUGGAUAAUCUGCAAAAUCCUGUGAGUUGGAUAUGCGUUGACUAUUUGUGGUUUUACAUGCCCCUAACAUCUUUCCUUCCUUCCUUGUCUAUAUAAAGCAAACCAAGUAGAAAUCCUGAUUCCAUCGCAUCCCUCUAUCUAUUCUAUUUAUCAUCAUCAGAAGUAGCAGCAGCAUCGUAGUAAGCAUCAUAUUGGGCUCAUAUACAACUUUGUCAAUGGCCUUUGGUUGUUUUCUUGUGGCUUCUUCACUUCUUCUCCUCUCUUUCUUCCCUGAGGCCUGCUAUGGCGUCACUUUCUCUUCCCUUCAAAGAACUCUUUUGGUCACCGCUUCUCCCACAACAGGACAAGUGCUGAAAGCUGGGCAAGACCAACUGACUGUGACAUGGUCAUAUGACCAGACCUUCCCAGCAGGGACAGACUCAUCCUACAAGACCGUGACGGUCAAGCUCUGCUAUGCACCCAUCAGCCAAGUAGACCGUGCUUGGAGGAAGACAGUGGACAACCUUAUGAAGGACAAGACCUGCCAGUUCAAGGUGGUUGUUCAACCAUAUAGCCCCUCCAGCAACUUCUCAACCACUUGGACAGUUGAGAAGGACAUCCCGACUGCCAUUUACUUUGUGAGGGCCUAUGCCUACGACUCUAAUGGUGUUGAGGCUGCCUAUGGCCAAACCACAGAUGCUCACAAGACCACAAACUUGUUUGAGAUCCAAGCAAUCACUGGCCGCCACGCCUCGCUUGACAUUGCAUCAGCCUGCUUCUCUGCCUUCUCUAUUGUGUCCUUGAUUGGGUUCUUCUACAUGGAGAAGAGAAAGGCAAAGUUGUCCCAGCAGACGUGAAGAAAAGAAUAUUGUAAUUUGAAUUAUAUAUGUGGAACUUACAUGUAGUUUUUAUUUGUUGGUCUUAGUUUUACUUUUCUUAUGUAGCAUAAGGUGCUCUAUAGUUUUCCAUAGCAAAUAAGUCCUAAUGUGGGGAAGGUGUUAUACAUUCGCAUAGACAUCGACAUGUAAUGUAUGGUUCAACGGAAGAUUGGGGUCAUCAUCUUUGUUUGUUUUGUGAGAAAAUCAGAAGUAAAAUGUUUCUCCACUAUCAUUGAUGUCCA